AUGGCAAUCGCCCGGCGGUCUCCCAAAGAUCCGUCGCCCGCCGAGAUCGACGAACACCGCGCAGCGGGGCAUGUUACGCACCGUUCCUGGUGCAUACACUGCUGCAGGGCCCGUGCUGGGGCCCCACGACAUGCGACCGGCGAGGCUGCGGACCACGACGCUGGUAGGUUGCCCUACGUUUCACUAGACUACUUUUACCUGAACUCUGGCCAAGAAAAGAGCGAGAGUGAGGGAGUGCUGCCUUGUUUGGUAGUGAAGUGUCACAAAACUGAUAGGUAUUGGUCUACAGUAGUGCCGCAAAAGGGUACUGACCUUUACGCUGUAGAGUGGCUAAAGCGCUGCUUGAACGAAACAGGUUUUAAGGAAGUUUGUUUGAAAAGCGACAACGAGAACCCCAUCGUGGCGCUGAAGAAGAAGGUGAAAGAGGAGAUGAGUUUGAAGGUGCACCUCGUUGAGGUGCCGGUGGAGGACCACCAAGCAAAUGGAUACAUUGAGGUGGGCGUGCGUGAGAUGAAGCGGCAGGUCCGGGCGAUUCUCUCGGACUUGCAAGAGCGGCUUGGUUUCGAUAUCGAGCCGGCCCAUCCAUGCAUGAUGUGGCUUCCGCGCCACGCUGCCUACCUGCUUUCUCGGUUCCGCGUGGGAGCGGACGGCCGGACGCCUUACGAGAGGACGUUCGGAAGGAAGUGGAAAGCUCCACUUGUGAGCUUCGGCGAGCCCGUGCUCUUUAGGCCGAGGCAGCCGCGAGACGGCAGGAAACACGACCUAGAGCCCAGGGUUAGCAUGGGCAUGUUCGUGGGGGUUGGCGCCAACAACGACGUGUUCAUCAUGACAGAACGGGGUGUUGUGAAGGGCGCCUCGAUCAUGCGCCGGCCUCCUGCGGACCAGUACAAGUACGAGAACUGGAGCAAACUCCGAGGUGUUCCUUGGAGGCUCCAGGCCCGAGAGCCAGGAGAGCUUCGGGUCGACCUGCCUGCGGUGGUUGGACAGCCGAGGCGUGCGCCGCAGGAGGAAGUGGUUCCGAGGAACCUGUACGUUCUAAAGAGCGACCUGGAGAGGCACGGCUACACGCCGCUGUGCCCGGGCUGUGAAGCCCUGAUCUGCGAUAUGCGGAACUUCAGAAGACUGAAGAUGGAAAGGCGCGCAUUGAUUGAUGCGGCCAGGGCCCGGCUUGACGCCGGGAGGAGGCCCAAGAACCAAGGAGGGGCUCCAGCAGCUGCGGCCGCGGCCAACGCACCUGUGUUGGUCCGCGCGCCGGAGCCACCCAAAGAAUCUUCUUAG